CAGCAGUAGUAAAAAUACAGAGGGCGAUGUGUAUGUUAUGAUAAAAUGACUACUUGCUUGAAUAGGUUUGUUUUAAAUUUUAGGAGGCAAAUAUUUAGUUAUUCAGCAAUAUUACCAGGGUGUCGAUAUCGGAGUUGUUUUACAAAUAAAAAAUGUUCAAUAAAAAGCAAAUUAGAAUCAUCUACUGGCACAUUAACUACAUCCCGACAUUACAGUUAUGAAGGUGAUGGUAAAACAACAGUUACAAUUUUGAACAAAGAAGAAGAUGAAGGGAUUUUAAUUAACAGCUACAGCACCGUAGGCUUUCGACUUAAUAAUGGUAUAUUUAUAUUUGGGCCAGUAGCAGUAUUUCCUCGAUCUGUUUUACAAUGGAAUGUAAAAAAGACUGAGGACAUUAAUCCAGAUUCUCUUUCCUUGUUUUACCUUUUGGAACCUAAGAUUGAUUUACUAAUCAUUGGAACUGGAGGUUAUGGAUCCAACAAAAUUGAUUAUAGUGUUAUAAAAUUCAUGGCAUCGAAGAAGAUUAAUAUGGAAAUUCUUCCAACGUAUCAAGCAUGUUCAACCUUUAAUUUCUUGAAUGCCGAACAUCGUUCUGUUGCUGCGGCUUUGAUACCUCCAGAGACGAUAAAUUACACUGAUGAUGAUGUAGUACAAACACAGACCAGACUGAAAUCAAUUUAUGAAACAGAUGAUGAUAUUUUUAAAUAACUUUAGUUUUUAAUGUAGAAUAGCUUAGUCAAUAAAAUACCAAAUAUUAGAAUUCAGCUAGAGGGUAUUUUGUAAUUAUUUAUCUCUUCCAAGUUGAUACAAACUACAACAUUGGUUAUUAAAGUUGUUUGGAAAAUUU